AUGCUCCAUUCGCAAAUAAGCCUCUCACAUUAUCACGAUUCAGAAUGCAGCCAACCACCGGUUCCAUUCCAUGAUCCUGAAGUUGUGGGCAUAGAUCAGAAGAUUACUGAAGUGAUCAAACUCAUUGAGUGGGAUAAUGACAAGUCAGCUGCUGUGGCCGUGAUUGUACACGGCAUUGGUGGAGCCGGAAAAACCACUUUGGCAAAUGAAGUGUUUGCAUCUUUAAAUUUGCAGGGCUGGAAAUAUUCUAAAGUCACUCUCGUCAAAAAUUUAGAAUCAAAUCCUAACAUAGAAGAAAUACAGAUUCAGAUUUUAAGCGACUUGACUGGUAGAAAACAUGAAAAGGUAAGAGAUUUUCAGGAUGGACAACAAAAGCUGAAAUCGAUUAUGGAGAAAAAAGUUUUCAUAUAUAUCGACAACAUCUUAAAGAGAGAACAUCUGGAACGUCUUAUACCCAAGCUGAUCGACAGUCCAAAACUAGUGAGGAUUCUUGCAACAGCAAGAAAAACAAAUGUCUCUGUAGUGUUUGAAAGCUGCAGAUUUGAACCCUGUAAAUUAUACGCCACUGAAUCCCUGUCUGUGGAGGCUUCCCUUCAAGUGUUGUGUAGGAAAAUUGACACUAAAAGAGACAUUGAUUCCAUGGUGAAAGAAAAGCUUCAAGCUAGGGAGAUUGCAAAAAAAUGCAGUUGCUGUCCUCUGUUUUUAGAAGCGGUGGGAGCGUAUCUCCAUAAAAGAAGUAACAAAGUUAAAGCUUAUGAAAAAGUUCUUGGCUGGCUAAAUAAUGAAAACGAUUUCAGUUGUGACAAGGAAGACGUUUUUGAGGAGUCUCGAAUUCUGUUUGCCUACCAUGAACUUACACCUAGUGCUCAGGAGGCGUUCCUCGAUAUCUGCUCUUUCUUCUAUAACUGGAAGUGGAAUGAAGUUGCUUGGAUUGUGGGAGAGGAAGCCAUGGAUUGUCUACUAGAGGGUGCUCUGGAUCUUGCCCGAACAAAAGGAGUUUGGCAAAAAUACAACAUAAACCCGUUCAAUGUGUCUGCAGAAGUAUUAGACACUAUGAGUAGGUCUCUCCGAGUAUUUGCUAUGGGAAACAACACAAUUGUGAGCGGGCAAUGCAGUAAGCGAUUUGAUGAGCUGAGGUUUCUACAAGCGGGCAAAGUGCCCAAUUUGGCUAUUGACAUGUUGAAGCUUAAAAACUUGCGCUUCAUGGAGAACAAAAUUUGGAGUCUGCCCAAGAAUGGAACUGAUAUACAUCCAGGGAUAGAGUUUGGGCAUCUUAUUCAACUAAAACAUUUGGAGCUGACAGGAUUUCAUAUUGCAGAAGUCUCAAGUUUUGUGAAGUUUUACUGUCUGCAGAAGUUAAUACUGUCCGGCAUUAAAGGUCUGAAGGAGCUACCGGGGUCAAUUGGGAAGCUCCGAUCACUACGAGAGUUACAUUUACGCCAGUGUAAUGACCUAAUCCGGUUACAAGAAGGAUUUGGAGAACUUAACUCCCUUACUGUGCUUGAGUUCGCAAAUUCCAAAAGUUUGCAAGAGCUCCCAUGUGACUUCAAAAAGCUGUUGUCAUUACAGUCACUCAUACUAUAUGCGUGCUGGUUGAAGACAUUAAGCAUGUCUGGAUGCAAGAGCUUGUUAAGGCUACCUGAAGAUUUUGGGAAACUUAGCUGUUUGCAAACAUUAAGAUUAUCAGAGUGUGAUAAGAUGCAUGAAUUGGGCAGCUACUUUGGAUGUCUCGGAGCUCUAAAACAUUUGUAUCUGUCCAAACUUCCUGAUGGUUUUGGGAAACUUGGGUGUUUGGAAAGGUUAGACUUAUCAGGGUGUGAUAAGAUACAGGAACUGUGCAGCGACUUUGGGUGUCUCGGAGCUCUAAAACAUUUGUAUCUGUCCAAAUGCAAAAGCAUGUCCAAACUUCCUGAUGGUUUUGGGAAACUUGGCUGUUUGAAAAGCUUAGAUUUAUCAGUGUGA